CUGCCUAAGUUCACUUCAUAACCAGUGUUUCAUGUGCUGUAAUGCUUUGAGGAGGCUGCCUGACUGCAUGGAUUGUACAUGAUAACUUCAGUUAAUUCAGAAAGAUUAGUUUCUUACCAUCCUGAUGUUUUCUUUCUCAUUUAAGAGACUCUUACUAAUUGGUCUUGUAUCACUGCUGAAUGACGACGAGGUGGAUGCAGGUGCUCAGUAUCCCUUGAAGUCAAAUUGGAUGAGUAGGUAGCUUUGGUGUUAGAAAAUGUCACUGUAACAUAGAUCCUUGAGCAGAAAAGGAAUUGGGGACCUGGAGUUGUCACGAUCUCUCCUUGUGGAAACAUGCUGAGGUAUUAAAGCCAUCUGAGCUAGUUAGUGGGUUUUGUGUUCUAAAAGUUACACUCAGGUGUGAAGAGCUUGGCUAGAAAUGAGACUGUUCUCAGUAUUGAAGUGUCAAGUAUCAGACUAGGGUGAUACUAGACAGGUACAACUCCUGCAGGUAUUAGGAUGGUGCUUUAUUACCAUUAAUAUUAUAACUGUGGUAAAAGAACUUCCAACUUCUGUGCCAGCAGAACUUGGGAUCUUCCUCUUUCCUCCAAAAACUGCUGUUGAAAGUCUUCUUUUUGAGCCUGCUUGGCAUCCAGAAUUCCCUCUAGUCACCCACCCUGGAGGGCAGCUGCACUUGUUUGUUCAUUGGUGUGAACUUUGCCUUUAGUCCUUUUCUCUCUGGCCUCGUUUUCCUUUCAAAGGAAAAGCCCUUCGAGCUGAGCAGCCCAGUGACACCCAGUGUGUUAGAUCUGUUCUCUGCACACACUUCCCUCACUGCCCAGUGCAGGCAGCAGUAUUUUCUCCCUAGUUGCAGCUAAAAGGAACCCUGAGGUUUGUAGGAGAACAUCCUUAGGUGGCAUCCAGGUGAAGACAAGACACCUGGCUGAGGAGGAGGAUGGAUGGGCUCUGAACGUGGAGAGCUAGGAAGGCCAGAGCUGUGUGGAUAAACACUGGGGAUGGUGCAAACACUUCAUGUGGAGUGUUGUAGGACUUGAAAGAGGCUGACAGAUGCCUCCUGGAUGUCCCUCUGAAAUGAGUUGGUGGCUCUCCAGAUGCUCGUUAAUAACUCAAUAACCCAUAUCUUCCAGAUAAUCGUUAUGUACCUUCAGGUAUUAGAAUGUGAACGUAACCAACACCUGGUCCAGACCUCAUGGAACUACAUGAACGACAGCCUGAGAACAGAUGUCUUUGUGAGGUUCCAGCCAGAAAGCAUUGCCUGUGCAUGCAUUUACCUGGCAGCCAGGACUCUGGAGAUCCCCCUUCCCAAUCGCCCGCACUGGUUUUUGCUGUUCGGAGCGACGGAGGAAGAAAUCCAAGAAAUCUGCUUAAAAAUUUUGCAGCUCUACACAAGGAAAAAGGUGGAUUUGUCUGAUCUGGAAAGUAAAAUAGAAAAGAAGAAAUUAGCUAUUGAAGAGGCAAAAGCACAAGCUAAAGGUCUGGUACCUGAGGGAGUCCCGAGUUUGGAUAACACAUCAGGAUUUUCCCCUGCCCCGAAAAAUGAGUCUCCAAAGGAGGUUAAAGGAAAUAAACCUUCCCCACUACCUGUCCAGGCAAUGAAGAAUGCUAAAAGGAAAACAGAGGGAGCCAAAAGAACGAGCUCCAAUAGCCCAGUAAAUGGCGUCCAGAAAGGGAGGGAGAGCAGAAGUCGGAGUGGGAGCAGAGAUCAGAGUUACUCCAGAUCAGCCUCGAGAUCUGCAUCCCCUAAGCACAGGAAAAGCGAGAGCUACUCCACCUCCAGCGGCUCCAAAUCCCACAGCCGCUCCCGGAGCCGCAGCGACUCCCCCCCGCGCCAGUUCAACCACAGCUCGGGCUACAAAGGCUCCAAGGUGAGGAGCUACAAGAAAUCCAAAGACUACAAAUACUCCACCCACAAACCCCGCAAAUCCCGCAGCCGGAGCUCGUCCCGCUCCCGCAGCGCUCCCUGGGAGCGCUCCGACCACUCGGGCAAGUACAAGAAGAAGAGCCACUACUACCGGAACCACCGGCACGAGCGCUCCCGCUCCUACGAGCGCGCCGGGCACCGCUACGAGCGCGAGCACCCCGGGCACAGCCGGCACCGCCGCUGAGGGCACCCCUGCUCCCGAGCCCGGGGUUCGAACCGCCUCGCUCCCUGAGGUCCAUCCUGCUGGAGCUCCCUGCUCCUUCCUGAACCCAAGGGGUGAGGGGCUCCACGGGAGAGAUGUCCCGGUGACUGUCGUGCUGGAGCGUCCCCCGUCCUGCUCUUUAGUGGUUCCCAUCCUGUAGCGUCCCGUCUGGGGCUUCCGCUUCCCUGUGGCUCAGCCCUUGGAAUGCUGUGCCCUGUGGAACUGGAAGGCCCCCAGGCAGUUCCUAACCCCUGGGAGUGGCUCUGGUGCUAACAAAAGCUGUCUUUUCAUACUGACUCUGGUGUUGUACAGAUGGGGGGUGACUUUUCUAGCCCUGUUGCCUAUAUUAGGUUCUAUGUGUAUAUAUAUUUUGCAGUGUUACAGUACAAUAUGGAAAUAUGGCCUUACUAGCCUUUACACUUUAUCCACAAUUGUAAAUAAGCAUUUGUUUAAUACAGGUGAAGAUAUAUACAGAAAAUUCAAAACUUGAAUUCUAUGAAAAACAAACCCUUGUGUAGAAAAUUCUGAUAAAUGUGAAAGUAUUUAGCUCUGUGCAUUGAGAGUAGUAUAUUUUUAUCUGUGCAAUGCUGUGUGCAGGCCACCAGCUCAUAAGACAUUUCCUAUAUAUACAUUUUGAGUGGUUUAAAAUUCUUUACUCAGGAUCUUUGACACUCUGAAGAAUUAGUAGUUUGUCAAUCUGCAUGCUUGUUGGAGAACAGAGCGUUUUAAAGCCAAUUAGCAGACCCCCGCAGCCCAGUAGUAUCAGUUCUAGUGGUAUAUCUGAGCUGUUACUCUCUCAUGCUCCCUGAUUUCAUUAAAGUAUUUGAUUUUCUAUUAAA